AUGAGUGCGCAAGGACAAGUCGUCAGAACCGGAGUCAAUGUCUUCGUGUUUAAUAAUCAAGGCCAAUUUGUGAUGGGACUCAGAAAGGGCAGUCAUGGUGAAGGUACCUGGGGUCUCCCUGGAGGUCACAUAGAUUUCUUCGAAGAAAGCUUGGAGGCUUGCGCAAAGCGCGAAAUCGAUGAAGAGACGGGAUUGGACAUCUUCGAUAUCGAACUUCUCACUGUUACAAACGAUGUCUUCAAGGAGGCGGGGAAACACUACACUACCAACUUCUUCGCAGCCAAACUUGUAGGUGGCACUGGAGACCCUCAGCUCAAUGAGCCCAAAAAAUGCUUCAAAUGGAAGUGGUUUACCUGGGAGGAAGUCGAGGAUCUUUACAAGGCACAAGAUGCUGCUGAGAAAGCGGCUAAGGAAGCGACUGAGAAAGGGGAUGAGAUCCCUGAGUAUAAGGGACCGAAACUCUUCCUCCCUACGGUGAACUUGUUCCGGCAACGAGCAAAACUUCAUCCACUGAAGGCAUAUAACGCGAUACUGGAAAGUGAAGAAAAACCUGUGGUCGGUCCUGCGUCCAAUUGA